AUGAAUGGUACGGGAAGACAGGAGAGAGGGAAGACAGGAGAGAGGGAAGACAGGAGAGAGGGAAGACAGGAGAGAGGGAAGACAGGAGAGAGGGAAGACAGGAGAGAGGGAAGACAGGAGAGAGGGAAGACAGGAGAGAGGGAAGACAGGAGAGAGGGAAGACAGGAGAGAGGGAAGACAGGAGAGAGGGAAGACAGGAGAGAGGGAAGACAGGAGAGAGGGAAGACAGGAGAGAGGGAAGACAGGAGAGAGGGAAGACAGGAGAGAGGGAAGACAGGAGAGAGGGAAGACAGGAGAGAGGGAAGACAGGAGAGAGGGAAGACAGGAGAGAGGGAAGACAGGAGAGAGGGAAGACAGGAGAGAGGGAAGACAGGAGAGAGGGAAGACAGGAGAGAGGGAAGACAGGAGAGAGGGAAGACAGGAGAGAGGGAAGACAGGAGAGAGGGAAGACAGGAGAGAGGGAAGACAGGAGAGAGGGAAGACAGGAGAGAGGGAAGACAGGAGAGAGGGAAGACAGGAGAGAGGCGAUAUGAGUGGUACUAA